GGGCCGGAGGCGGAGCGCCGGGUGCCAAGCGCCGAACGUUGGGUCAGCUCGGGUGUCCAGGGGAGCGCGAGGAACGGUCGACUCGCGAGCUGGGGGUGGCGGUCCGCGAGCGAGUGUGUGACACGGUCGUGGGGAAGGUGCGCGCGUGUCCCCGACGCGGUUCUUCUGAACCCGGGUCUCGUGGACAUCAUCAAACAUAUUCUGUAAAGAGACUUGCCCCGUUUGCGAGGGAAGGAGAAGGGCGACUGCCCGCCUUGCGUUGCAUAGGGCGGCGGCGCUGCUAAGACGGUGCUGACCGUUGUACGUGGGAAGAAGACGAGGCGGAGGGCAACUGGGGACUGAAGAGGCCGGCUGUGCAAAACAAGUUGUGCCGGUUGUGCGGGAGUCGAGGAGAUCCGAUUAGGCGCGUUGCGAGUGAGUGACGGCGAGGGUUCGCGAUGGGUCCUCUGCUGUCUCUCGGGGUCGGGCUUCUGCUGCUCAUCCUGUGGGCCCGCUACAAGGGGCUCGCGUACGUGCUGGUCCACCACCGCUGGGUCUUCGUCUGCCUUUUCCUGCUGCCCCUCUCCGUGCUCUUCGACAUCUACUACCAGUUCCGCGCCUGGGUGGUGCAGAAGAUGCACAGCGCGCCCCGGCAGCACAACCUGCGUGUUCGCAACAUCCAGGAGCAGGUACGAGAAUGGAAAAAAGAAGGGCUAAAAACAUAUAUGUGCACAGGACGUCCUGGCUGGCUUACAGUGUCUCUUCGUGUUGGAAAGUACAAGAAGACACUUAAGAAUAUAACAAUCAACUUGAUGGAUGUUCUAAAAGUGGACACUGAGAGAAUGGUUGUCCGUGUGGAACCCUUGGUCACGAUGGGACAGUUAACAGCACACCUCAACCCCAUAGGAUGGACUGUUCCAGUGGUACCAGAACUUGAUGACCUUACCGUAGGUGGUUUGAUCAUGGGGACUGGUAUUGAAUCUUCCUCCCACAUCUAUGGACUGUUUCAGCAUUCCUGCGUGGCCUAUGAACUUGUUCUUGCUGAUGGGAGCCACGUGAGAUGUACACCGGAGGAGAACUCAGACCUAUUUUAUGCAGUUCCUUGGUCUUGUGGCACACUGGGCUUCCUGGUGGCAGCAGAGAUAAAAAUGAUCCCAGCGAAAAAAUAUGUGAAACUGCAUUAUGAGCCUGUGAGAGGACUGAAGACAAUCUGCAAGAGAUUUGCUGAAGAAUCUGAGAAGAAAGAAAACCAUUUUGUGGAGGGUCUGGUUUAUUCUUUAGAAGAAGCUGUCAUAAUGACCGGAGUUUUGACCAAUGAAGCUGAUCAUAGUAAGAUCAACAGAAUUGGGUGCUACUACAAGCCAUGGUUUUUCAAGCAUGUGGAGAACUAUCUAAAGGCUAACAAGACGGGAACGGAAUAUAUCCCGGCAAGGCAUUACUAUCACAGGCAUACACGGAGCAUCUUCUGGGAGCUCCAGGAUAUCAUCCCAUUUGGCAAUAACCCUGUUUUCCGCUACCUGUUCGGCUGGAUGGUUCCUCCUAAAAUCUCCCUCUUAAAACUCACCCAAGGAGAAGCAAUUCGGAAGCUCUAUGAGCAGCAUCACGUUGUACAAGACAUGAUGGUCCCCAUAAAAAGCCUUGAGCAAUGUAUCGAAACCUUCCACAGUGACAUUAAAGUUUAUCCUCUGUGGCUCUGCCCCUUCAUCUUGCCCAAUAACCCUGGCAUGAUCCACCCAAAAGGAAAUGAAGCAGAGCUCUAUGUGGACGUUGGAGCCUAUGGAGAGCCCAAAACAAAACACUUUGAAGCUAAGGCUUCCACCAGGCAAAUAGAAAAGUUUGUAAGGAAUGUUCAUGGUUUUCAGAUGUUGUAUGCUGAUUGCUAUAUGACCCGUGAGGAAUUCUGGGAAAUGUUUGAUGGCUCGCUGUACCACAAGCUGAGGAAGCAACUUCAUUGUAAUGAUGCUUUUCCAGAGGUGUAUGAUAAAAUCUGCAAAUCUGCAAGACAUUAAAUCGGACUCACCUGAACAAGAAAUUGGGUGAAGUUGGAUUUUACAAUAACUAAUUGCUCUGCCCUUAACAAAAGCAUGUUGUUGCUGUCCCAAAGACUUCAAGCAUAUUUGUGAUUUAAGCGAUAUAAACUCCUGCCUUUAUAUGGAAAAAAAAUCUACACUUAAUAAUAUUAUAGCUUAGAAAUGGAAAUUCCUAUAAGGUUUAAUUAUAGGUUUGCUAUAGAUCUUUUAGUGGUUUCCUGUAGAAGAAUGGAAAAAAUCUGAAUUUUGAGGAUGCUAGAACUGCAAUCUGGCUAGCAAUUGCCAGCGGGAGUUUUAUAGGAACUUCACUACUACAAAUGUAAUGGGAUGGGAUCCUCUAAUUUAGAACAUCACCUCUACACGAGGGUAGUGCCAAAUACUUGCCAAAUGAGACUGCCUUUAAAUUACGUCACUGUUGCCUAUACCAUAUCACUAAGCUUUCCCAGAAUUUCCAUUUGAAUUGUUAAAAGUAACCAUGCAUUAGAUUCACAGUUGUAGACCUGUCUGUCUGAAAGCGUUGGAAGUUAUGGUUUGCAGGCAAUUUGAACCGUUCAGCCUCUCUCUCUUACUUUGAAUUACCGUACUUUUUUCUUUAGUUGUUUCCAUCAAAGUUUAUUUGAUGCAGGGGGAGACUUGCUGGCAUGCACUGUGGAGGGAUUGAUACAUUUAUCUCUCCUGUUUAUAAAUGCUGUUGCUUUUGUCUGUUCUCUCCCUUGCCCCCUGUUCUACAAGUCUUCAGUGCAAACUGCCGCUGGAUGGCCUUUGUUUGUUUGUUUUCCUGUGUUGCUUUUUGGUUUCGCUGCUGCUGCUACAAGAAGAUACAGAAUAUGCUAUGGUUAUCUGUUUUUUGGGUAACAGACACUGGAUUAGCAGUUUAAAUGGAUUGUCAGAAAUGCAAGAUUGGCCUCACUUUCAUAAUACACGGAGAAGAUCAACACUGAUCUGACACUGAGCAAAGUGGUUUCAUUUUGUUGCCUAACUAAUUUAUGCUUUAUUUUGUUUUUGAAAUGUGUAGCAAAUUGUGGGUUUUGUGUGGUAGAUGAUGCACAUAACUUUAGUUUGAAAGGCAGUAUUGACCAUGGGUAUCUUUUAUUUUUAGGAAGUUUUUAUUUUUAGUGCCUUAAUCAACUGGAAGAGACCUGGAUCAUUUUAGCCAUUCUAUUUUUAAGACCUCAUUAGCGUUUGGAAAUGCGGGUGGGGUAGGAAUAGAAAUCCAGAUUUUUUAAACGUCCGAACAUGGACCCCACAUGUAGAUGAAAGGAAACGUAAGCUUUUGUAUGAUGUAACCCAAUCCUAUGCACAUUUACCCACAAGUCCCACUUUCAGUAAGCCUUAAGAGAGCCACGUACAUCUAGAAGCCAAACUUGCAUGCAGCCAGCCUUGUAGGAGGACAGAUACCAUUUCUUCAUCCUCUUUACCCUCAUCCUGCCCAACAAAAGGCAGGGGGUUUGGAUGAAGCAGAGCUGUCCCUCUGCCUAGAUCUGUCAGCGAGAGAGAUCUGUUGCCAUCUGUCAAGCCCUCCAAAGUGCUCGCUCAGAAGGUGGGUGACAUAUACAGCUGGUGAUAUUCAGCAGAAACCUGGGGUUGGGAGACCAACACAUGAUCAACUGGAUCCUGAGCCAUCCCAGCUGCUGACAGCCACAGGCCCAAACUGGGCCACCAGCCCAGCCCUGGGAGCUGUUCUAGUGAGGGGGGAUUUUGCCCCCUGCUUCUUCCACACUGGCUGGUGUGUGUCAGUGGGGCUGUGGAAGUAGCAGUGGCUACACUUCAUUAAGCCCAACCUUAGUGGUCCAGGGGGUUGGGUUGCACACUAGAAAGAGAGAGGAGCGGGCCUCAAAUUUACACUUGUGUUUACCCCCCUUUUCCAUACGUUCUGAUUAAUGUUAAAAUGUUAACAUGGCUACUUUCUUUCUCACAAUUCUAAAAGCUAGUGAUUUUUCUAACUGUUAGGCUAAAGCUUCUGCACUGAAGCAAUAAGCCCCCAACGCUUCUAACAUCAAUGCUUCCUAAAAAUUUAAUGUACAGUCAUACCUCGGGUUGCAAACACUGCAGGUUGCACGUUUUUGGGUUGCGCUCCACGCCAAGCCCGGAAGUACUGGAACGGGUUACUUCCGGGUUUUGGCGCAUGCGCAGAAGCGCAAAAUGACAUCACGCGCAGAAGCGCAUCACACGUGUGUGCAGACCUGGCGCUGCAGGUUGCGAACGCUGCGGGUUGUGAACGUGCCUCCCGCACGGAUCACAAUCGCAACCUGAGGUAUGACUGUAAUAGCAAUAGGUUAAGUUGGGCUGGGGCCAUGAACUUCCCCAUUAUAAAACUCGCUUCACAUCUGUAAUCAGUUUUACAGGGGUUAGGUGGGUUUGGGUUUCUUAUUUCCUUUUCAUUGCACCAAGUUUAACCAAAAUCUGAUCCAAAGACUAGUCAAGACUCAAAAAUUCUCACGUGGAAUUAUUUAUCUGAACAUAGGAAGAAAUGUUCGGCUUGGUGAGACAUACAAUAUGAAAACAUCUUACUGUCUGUGGGGUUUUAUUUAUGAUGACCAGAUGGUGAUUUUAUUUAUUGGAAGAGAAUAAACGAGCAUAUUUUAGUUACUCAGUAAUGCACAUGUGUUUAGACUGAUCCAUCUGAUAACCAUUCCUUGAUGGGGGAAAGCCCUGGAUACACUACUGUAGCACAUCUGAAAACCAUUCUCAUAAUGUUUGUAAGAGUAGGAAGUGGCAGGAGCAGUAAAAAGCCACUGUAGCUGUUCCAGUGUGUUGGGCAUAGGUUGAAUCCAGAAAUGGACUGAGAGUUGACAGCGCAAUCCAUGCUUGCCAUUGUUUAUCUGUGCAGGAAUGAGUUCUAAAGGCAAAGGGGGGGGAGUGCCAGAGUCUGUAAUCUGUAGAGUACAGUGGGACCUUGACUUACGAAUUUAAUCCGUUCUGAAUGCACACUCGUAGGUCGAAAACAUCGUAAGUCGAGUUUCCCAUAGGAAACGCGGUUUCCCAUAGGAAUGCAUUGGAAACGGAAAAAUUCGUAAGUCGAGGAAACCGCAUCUAAAAACUCAUAAGUCAAGGAAACUGCAUCUAGCCGCAAAUGGUUUUUCCGUUUGGAUGUCGAAAAAAUCGUAAGCACGCGGCCACUUUUUCCGCUCAUAACUCGAAAACGUCGGAUGUCGAAUAGCUCGUAAGUCGAGGUCCCACUGUAUGUCUUUGUGUCGCACAUGGUUCUGUUUCUCAUCACAGGCUGUAUCUGCAAGUGUGUUUGUCCUCUAUUGCUACAACCAUAGUGAAAAAGAGUACCAACCACACAGGUGUCCUAAUUUUAUACCAGCAGCCACAGUGUACUUACGUUGCAACUGUCAGCUGUUUUGUACUGCUGCUCUCGGGCAGAACUUGCGCUACCACCAUAAAAAAAUAUGCUAUUUUGAUGUGAUUGAAUAAAAUGGUGUUGAGAAGA